AUGGGUAUUUGUUUUCAAAAAGAAGAUAAGAAUUAAGGCAAUUAAAUUGAAGAUUCUAAACCAGGUUCUUCUAAUACACUCCCAGUGGAUGCUUAGCAAAUAAAACUCAAUGACUAAUUGAAUCUAGUAUGUUUGGAAGAUUUUAUAUCUAACAAAGUUGUUGGGAGAGGAUCCUUUGGAAAGGUCAUGUUGGUUUAGCAUAAAAUGACAAAACAAUAUUAUGCAAUGAAAAUACUAAGAAAGGAUGUAAUUUAAUAAAAAGGCUAAUAAAUUCACACAAUGAACGAAAGAUAAAUUUUAGAAGUUGCUUAACAUCCAUUUAUUGUCAAAUUGCAUUUUGCAUUCCAAACUCCUGAAAAAUUAUAUUUAGUUACAGAUUUUCUCCCUGGAGGUGAAUUAUUCUACCAUUUAAGAAAAUCAAAAAAGUUUUCAGAAGACAGAAUGAAAUUAUACGCAGCAGAAUUAAUCUUGGCACUUGAUUACCUUCAUCAGAAAGGCAUUAUAUAUAGAGAUUUAAAACCAGAGAAUAUUUUGAUAGGAGUUGAUGGCCAUCUGAAAUUGACAGACUUUGGCCUCUCCAGAAUCAAUCUAAAAGAAGGAGAAAGAACAUACACAUUCUGUGGUACUCCAGAAUAUUUAGCCCCUGAAAUUUUGUUAGGUUAAGGGCAUGAUUAAUCAGCAGAUUGGUGGAGUCUUGGGGCACUCAUGUAUGAAAUGAUAGCUGGAGCCCCUCCAUUUUACUCCAAUGAUAAAGGAAUGAUGUUCAGAAAUAGACUCGAAAAGAAAAUUGAAAUGAAACCAUGGUUUUCUGAAGAAAUUUCCAAUCUACUUACUGGGCUCUUGAUAAAUGAUGCUACUAAAAGGAUUACUAUUGAUUAGAUCAAAACCCACCCCUUCUUUCAUUCCUUGUCUUGGGAAGACGUAUAUCACAAAAAAAUUAAACCAUAAUUUAUACCAAAACUUAAAGAUGAAUUAGAUUUAUAAAACAUUGAUCCCAUUUUUACAGAGGAAGAAAUAAAUGAUACUCCUAUUAAUACAAUCAAAGGAGGAACAUUUGACAAAUUUACAUAUGCUAAUUCAUAAAUAUUCAAAUAAUGA